AUGUCUCAUGCUCAACCGUCACCCACGGGAGCCGUGACCCCUCACCAUGGUCACCUCGCCGCCCACCCGCAGGUCAACGGCCACUUGCCCUUGCAAGCCCAGGGCCAGAAGGGUCCACCCCUCAGCACCGCCCAGAAGAUCGCCGCGCUGAAUGAGCAGGUGUGGCUUCAGAUCGGGAGCUUGACCGAGCUGCUCGGCGAUCUUGAGGGCGCCAUGAAUGCGUAUGAACAAGCCUUGCGCCACAACCAGUGGUCCAUCCCCGCCAUGAAUGCCAUCUCGUGCAUCUUGCGGACCAAGGAACAAUUCCCCAAGGCCAUCGAGUAUCUUCAGAAUAUUCUGAAACUCGACCCUACAAGCGGUGAAACCUGGGGUAGUUUGGGCCACUGCCAUCUUAUGAUGGACAACCUGCAAGAAGCGUAUACUUCCUACCAACAGGCGCUCUAUCACCUCCGGGAUCCCAAGGAACCCAAGCUGUGGUACGGAAUUGGUAUCCUUUAUGAUCGCUAUGGUUCUCUGGACCACGCAGAGGAGGCUUUCUCCCAGGUCAUGCGCAUGGCUCCGGAUUUCGAGAAGGCGAAUGAAAUCUAUUUCCGAUUGGGAAUCAUAUACAAACAGCAACAAAAGUUUAACCAGAGCUUGGAGUGCUUCAAGUAUAUUGUCACCGACCCUCCUCGUCCCCUUACGGAGGAAGACAUUUGGUUCCAGAUCGGUCAUGUCCACGAACAGCAGAAGGACUUCGAUUCUGCCCAACAGGCAUACCGACGUGUUCUGGACCGCGACCCCAACCAUGCCAAGGUCUUGCAGCAGCUGGGUUGGUUGUACCACCAGCAGAGCAACAGUUACGCCAGCCAAGAGAAGGCCAUUGAAUAUCUGGAGAAGUCCGUCAGCGCAGACAACACCGAUGCCCAGAGUUGGUACCUCCUCGGUCGCUGCUAUAUGUCGCAAGCCAAGUAUCCCAAGGCGUAUGAAGCCUACCAACAGGCGGUCUAUCGCGAUGGACGCAACCCAACUUUCUGGUGCUCAAUUGGUGUGCUCUACUACCAGAUCAACCAGUAUCGCGACGCUCUUGAUGCCUACUCUCGCGCCAUUCGCCUGAACCCAUACAUCUCGGAGGUUUGGUAUGAUCUGGGAACUCUGUACGAGUCCUGCAACAACCAGAUUGCAGAUGCCCUUGAUGCGUACGGUCGCGCAGCUGACCUGGACCCCACCAACGUCCACAUCAAGGCUCGUCUGCAGCUGCUCCAGAGCCAACUCUCUGGCUCGAACCAGAGCAAUGCCCCGGCCCCGCAACCGCAGGAUGUCCAUCCCCAGGCCUAUCAAGCUCCAGGUGUUGGAGGACCUCCGGCUCCCCAAUGGGGGGCACCAGCGCCCACCGGCGGACCGCCUCCUCAGGCACCGGCACCCCCCAGACAGAUUGCGGAUUGGAACCGUGGCAUCAACGAGCUCCAGUCUCAGGCCCAGGCUCAAGCUGCGGGCCCGAACGGCUAUGACCAGCGUGAUCCGGCUCGCCCGGCGGCUCUUCAGCAGCCGAGCCCAAGACAAGAGCCCGGUAGAGCGUUCCCAGAGACCGUCCGUGUCCAGCCAGGUGCUCGGUCUCCGAAGUCUGCUGUCCUGCCCGGACCAGGAGCUUACCCGCCACCCCAUGCGCUUCCUCAGAUUGCCAACCCUCCUGCGCCGUCUCAUGAUCGCUCUCACAGCGGUGCUACUGCUUUUAGCUCUGCUACUCGUGGUGCAUUGCCCCCCGCUCCAGCUGGACCCCCAGCUGCCCCCGGUGCGCCCAAUGGGGCUCCGGCUUCUGGUGGUCCUCUCCCUGCCUUCCACCGUCCGUUCACUCCUCCCACCGAAAUUCGGCCGAUCCGUGAGGAGCGACCCUCGUCGCCUGGUUCCACCUAUCCGCACCAGCAAUUCCACCAUGGCCCUAGCGUGCCUCCUGUGCAGGGCGCUGGCUCCACUGGUAUUGCUGGUGGUGCACCUGCUCCAGCGUCUGCCAUCACCGCUGCCGAAGCCGCUGCUCGCGAGCGGGAGGAUCGGCCUGGCUCCGCUAUGAAGCGUGGCCGCGAGUGGGAAGCGGAGCCUGGCCCAGCGAAGAAGAUUGCCAAUGAGGAGAGCCGCGCGCGUCUUGACGAGCAGAUGCCCCGUCGGGUGACUCCCCCCAACCGUAUGCCGUCUCCCGGGGAGAUGCAGCGCCGUAACUCGUCCGAGGCUCGGCGCGAUGAUCAACGCCGUGAUGAACCUUAUCACCCAUCUGAGGCCGCUCACCAUCCUCCGACUCUCCCGUCCAUCCAGAGUAUGCCCCCGCAUGCCUCUGGCUCCAGCCUUCCCCCGAUGGCGGAGAGCCCAGUUGCGCCUGCCAACGGACCCCAGGCCGGCCCUCCGGCCGCCCAGGUGCCCGUUAAAGAUGAACCCAUCCGCACUGGUGAGCAGACCCCCGCACACGAGCCGGCUGCUCGUAAGAUGGAUGUGGAUGAGAAUUAUGACGACGAUGGCGACGACGAGAAGAAGGCCACCGCCGCUGCAAAAGGCAGCCCUUCGGCUAGUGGCUCGGCGAAUGCCAGCAAUGGUGGUUUGAAUGGAAAUAGUCAGACGCCGCAGAAGCAGGAGUCUUCCGCGUAG